GACUAUAUGAGUACUUUACAGAAAAGUCCACGAAUCGACCCCCAAUUCCCGUCUCUCCCCUUUAUCCCUCUCUGCGUUUAGUUCUUCAAUUUUCUCUCAACUCAUCCGACCUUCUAAGGUUUCAGUAUCUGAAGCGGUUUUUUCAUCAUUUGAUUCCUUGAAGUAGCAGUGAACAGCUGCUGAUUUUCAUCUAGAUAUGACUUGCUUCCCUUUUUUGUUCAGUAGGACUAAGAGGGUAAAACCCCCAACAGGAAGUAUUGACGAGGAUGAAGAACUUUCAGGCAUUCACAAUGUUAAAUUUUACACAUACAAAGAGCUGAAAGUUGCGACUGAAGAUUUCAGCUUGGCAAAUAAAAUAGGGGAGGGCGGUUUUGGUUCUGUCUUCAAGGGAAAGCUAAAAGAUGGAAAGAUUGCUGCGAUAAAAGUUCUUUCGGCUGAAUCAAGACAAGGAUUGAAAGAAUUCUUGACAGAAAUCAAUGUCAUCUCAGUGAUUGAACACGAAAAUCUGGUGCAGCUUUAUGGAUGCUGUGUGGAUGAUAAUCAUAGAAUUCUUGUCUACAACUACCUCGAGAAUAAUAGCCUCCAACAAACUCUUCUCGGGCGAGGUUACAGUAACAUCCAGUUUGGCUGGCAAACUAGGUCUAUGAUUUGCGUCGGAAUUGCACGUGGGCUCGCAUUUCUUCACGAGGAUGUACAACCCCAUAUCAUUCAUAGAGAUAUCAAAGCGAGCAACAUUCUCCUUGACCAUGAUCUCACUCCUAAAAUUUCGGACUUUGGUCUUGCAAAGCUCAUUCCAGCCAGCAUGACUCACGUCAGUACACGAGUGGCAGGAACAAUUGGUUACCUGGCACCAGAAUAUGCGAUAAGAGGGCAAGUGACGAGAAAAUCAGAUAUUUACAGUUUCGGUGUCCUCCUUGUGGAAAUAGUCAGCGGGAGAUGCAACACGAAUUCACAGUUACCAAUUGGAGAACAGUAUAUUCUCGAAAGGACAUGGAGUCUUUACGAGCGGGGCGAGCUCGUUCUGCUGGUAGAUAUGUCGUUAAACGGCGACUUCGACGCCGAGGAGGCUUGUAAAUAUCUAAAGAUUGGUCUACUCUGCACGCAAGACAGUCCGAAGCUGCGUCCAUCCAUGUCAACGGUGGUGAAGAUGCUAACGGGCGAAAUCAGCAUCGAAGACAGAAAGAUAACGAAACCGGGGCUGAUUUCAGACUUCAUGGAUCUUAAGGUAAAUAAUCCAGCGAAAAACAAACAGAACAGAGGGGGAAUGACUUCUGACAGUCUGUCCUCUGGAUCACACAACCUUGGAAACUCAACAGUGUCAUCUGGAACCUCAACUGUUACAACUGCAACCUUCACUGGACAAUAUGACAGGAACACUUUCUCAUCAGUACUAUGAAACAAAACUGAUGAGCCAAUUUUAUUUAUUAUUCUCUCUGUGAUAAGGUUUUGGAGAAAUGUGUGUAAAUUGUUUUAUAUGUUUUGUUUUUAUCUUUUUAGGUAGGAAGAGUUUUUGGAAGUAUUGUAGAAAUUGAUGUGUUUUCUUGGCAACCUGCCUAUGAUCCCUUAUCCUCAUUCUUAGAGGAAAUGUUUUGGUCCUCCCCCUCUAAUCUCUAUUUGUCGAGUGUAAAUUUGAAUCUUCGAUUUUUUACCC